AUGGCGUCCAUGAUCCAUGAGCACCGCUCGAGGGACGUACCUCCCGCCGGACGCCUCGUUGUAGUACACGUUGAUGCGCUCCAGCUGCAGGUCCGACGCGGCGUCGCCGCCGAACUUGCCGGUGGCGUCGAUGCCGUGCUCGCCGCAGAUCACCUCCCAGAACUUGGAGCCGAUCUGAUUCCCGCAUUGGCCUCCCUGGAUGUGGAGAAUUUCCCUCAUUUUCGCUCGAGCUUUUUUCUUAUUUUCCCUUCACUGCGUGAUUUGUGCGUUUUCUAUGGGGAAACUGUACGUGGGUUUGUGAUUGUGAGAAAUGUGCGUGGUCGUGGGGAAGGCAGACAGGGUGUUAAUUAUUAA